AUGGAAUUGCAUUUGGUUAAUGUUAAAUGCUUGGCACUUGUCCUGGGCCUGGCAUUGUGUUAUGUUCACCUGUCUGUGGCCAAACCUCCCCUGCCUUACUCCAAAGAUGUAGAGACGACACUAAGGACCUACCUUCUUACCAAUUACUCAGUUGACCAGCGGCCACAAGAGCGUGUGUCCAUCACUGUGUCUCUCACACUGAUUACAAUCAAUGACAUGAACAUCAAGGCACAAGUGCUUUCCAUCUCUGGAUAUUUCAAUCUGGUGUGGUUUGACAGUCGCCUAGAGUGGAUAAACCUCUCAGACUAUUCCAACAUCCGCUACCUAUUCAGUUCUCAAACAGUCCUAUGGAGACCAGCUCUUGUUGUUGACAAUUCUGUCGACAAUCUGAAUGUCAUAAGUAAACCGGAUGUGCCUAUGAGAAUUCUAAGCACCGGUAGGGUCGUUUGGAACCCGGCUGAUAUCUACCGCGUCGCUUGUGAGUCUGACACCACGUAUUAUCCGAUGGACACUCAAUCAUGUGUUAUCUCCCUUAGUUCCUGGUCCUACACAAGCAGUGAAGUAAAUCUGGUAUUAGAUGUAACAGAUGACGUGAAUUUGGACUAUUACUCAGAAAAUGGAGAAUGGGAAAUGAUUAGUGCAUAUGGGGCCAGACAGGGAACAGAAGAGAUGGUGAAAGGAGGUAAAAGCUUUUCCACAGCCAAGUUCUAUAUUAACUUGAGACGACGUCCUCUCUUUCACAUCCUCAACACGUUAUUUCCAGUGGCUCUAUUAGCUAUAAUGAGCGCCAUGGUGUUUAAGCUUUCUGUUGACUCAGGCGAGAAGAUCGGAUUCUCAUUGACCGUCCUACUGGCAUAUGCUGUGUACCUGACAUUGAUUUCCGAGAGUAUACCAAGUACUUCAAUCACCAUCUGUUAUUUGUCAAUUUACCUGUCGCUGGUCCUGACUCUUGGGACGCUGUCCGUCCUGUGUACAAUAGCGGUGGUCACUUUAUACAAUCAUCCUGAUGAGGAUGAACCAGUUACGGGUUGCCUCUACAUGAUCACCGUCUGCUUGAUGAAACUCACCUGCUGGAACGGCUGCAAAUGCAAGUGUUGCAAGAGGGAAACUAAAGUUCGUCCUACGUCUGAUCAAGCAAAUUCCAUUCAAGUUGACGAUUCCUUUGAUAUUGGCGUUCCGAUUUCCGAAAAAGCUGCCUACCCACUCGAUCUGGAAUUAAACGAAUGUGAACGAGAGAAAAAUAUUAACUGGAAAGUUGUGGCACGUGUGCUAGACAACUUCUUUUUCUUGUUGUUCAUGUCAUUGAUCCUUGCCUCCUCUCUUGGAUAUUUUAUGCUAAUUGCAUUAAAAUACUGGGAGAACACAUCUUCUUAA